GAUAGGCUCUUGAACUGACCCGACUAGCUGAUCAGGGUUUACCAUAUAUUAUAUUAAACUCUUGUAUGACCUCUAAUUAAGAUUUUACUCUAUAAUCCACUAUUCUCGUAUGGCCGCACUGUGUAUUGGAGUCUCAUCUGAAAUAAAAUCUUUUGUAGCUCCAUGAGCGUAGGCACGUUGUCAAACCACCUAGAUCUUGUGUAUCGUGUAUGAUCGAUUUCGUUUUUGCUUUACUUUUUCUCUAAUAGUUCCCAACAACUAUCUUCUAAUCCAAUAUGAAGCACUUGUGCAAAAUGAGAUUUUACAUUUAGUAGUUAAGGCUGUGUUUGGUAAGUGAAGUAGUUUAAGUCACUAUUAUUUACAAACUAUUCAAUACUUUUUCACUACUAUACAUUACAUUUUCACUACAAUUCAAAGAUCAUUUGAGAUCAUCUCAACAUCCAAAUUUAGAUUGACCUUCUUUAUUUUUAGAUAAGUCUCCCAAUGCUGCUAAGCUAUUUCAAGUCUGUAGUGAAAUCACUGAGGCAGAAACUGGGUGAUGUAGAAGCCAAGAAGUUGCUGAUGAAGGCUGUAUACUUGUUUAGCAUUGGAGGAAACGAUUACUUUAGCUUUUACACACAGUACCCAAAUGCUACUCAGCCGUAUCGAAGACAAUAUGUGGGCAUGGUGAUCGGCAACCUGACUAGUGUGCUCGAAGAAAUACAUGGUUUAGGAGGAAGAAAAAUCGCAUUUCAGAAUGCAGGGCCUUUGGGUUGCCUACCGGCCAUGAAGGCAUGGGAUCCCCAACUUGGUAGUGAAUGUGCUGAAGAACCCUCGGCUCAAGCAAGGCUGCACAACAGAGCUCUAGCCAAUGUUCUAAAAAAGCUAGAGAACAAAUUACCGGGAUUCAAAUAUUCAAUAUUUGAUUACUACAGUGCCCUUGGAGACAGGGUGCAAAACCCUUCAAAAUAUGGCUUUAAGAAUGGAAAGGCUGCGUGUUAUGGCAGUGGAGCGUACAAGGGACAGAAUUGUGGAGUAGGAAGAAAUGGAACAGAACCAUUCGAAUUAUGCAGCAAUCCUAACGAGCAUGUGUGGUUUGAUGGUGGCCAUACCACUGAAAGAGCUAACCGGCAGUUGGCAAAGCUGAUAUGGAGUGGAGGACCACGUUUCACGGGGCCGUACAAUGUGAAACAGCUAUUCGAGCAUCCAUGAGAAAGUACCAUAUUGUGACUAGUCCUUUCUU